GUUGCCAUAGGGACCGGUAAGCAUGGCUGGAACUGUGCGGGUGUGUAGUUGGGAAGACGUCUCCUUCAGCGAUGCCGAGACACUCCUGGAGCUGUCAGGGGACUCAGAGAGACUGCAGACUCAUCUGGUAGCGUUGCUGUCCAAGAAGGGAACGAUGAAAGGCGAGAAAACAGGUGGCGAUCGAGCUCGACAUGUUCACCUACGCAGUCCUCUUUUGCAAGAAGAACCAGUUUUCGCAGGAGCAACUGUCUGCCUUCUUCACCAUACUAAAGUCCGUCCACCGCAUGUGUGUAUCGACGCCGUAUGACAAUUUCCAGGAGACGUUCGUGUUUUUCAGAGAACUUCUGCUGAGACACUGCGUUCAACGGCCGCCGUUUAGCAAGUGUCUGUACUCUCUGUCGCAGGUGAAGGCGAUCACAGACUACGUACUAUCCACUUACUUCAAACACUUCAAGAUGUACAAGUUUGCCUUCACCGAGAGGGUGCUGCUGAGCCUAUCGUUUCAGUACAGUGGAGAGCCUGAGGAGGAAGGGGCAGAGGAAGAAGUUGCAGCAGAAGGAAGUGCUCCAACAGAGGCAGAGGAGGAUGAGAGAGAAGAGAGAGAGGACACGGAUGGGAAGGAAGAGGAAGAAGAGAGAGAUAAGGAGGCCGCAGACCCACAGCAAGAGAGACUGAGAAAUAUCAUCACCUCCACCCUCACUACACAUCUCAAACAACUAAAGGUAUCAGUGGAGCAGAAGAUGAGUGAACAUGAGAGAAGGAUGACAGACAAGAUCUCCCAGCUCGAGGCCUUGUCUGACCACAAGUCUAAGAAAAAGUGACAAUCUGACAGCAAAUGACACAAUUGUAAUAGCUACAUACAUACACAGUAAGAAAAAGAGUGAGUGACUAAUGGCAGAAACAGCAGUUUAUUCACGAGCUAGUUCAGGGUUUUGUUGGAUGACUCCGUACUCGAUUGCCUUGUCAGCGCUCGCUGCGCGGCCUCCUUCAGUCUGGCAGGGAAAUCCCCCUGAGAAUACGCGGUGCACACGUCCAUCAGUUCUCCCUCCAUCACCUUCUCCGCUGCCUCCCUGCUGGACUCCACCAGAUUGGCCACCAGGUACAGUCCUCUGAACUGGAGCUCCUCCGACCCACUGGUCACCAGCUCCUUCAGGAUCUCUAUUGCCGACUUGACAGCCAGGAUCUGUUCGCAGACCUUGGGGUCUCGAGACAAGACGGAGAGACCGCCAGCCGCAGCGAUGGCCAGUUUCUCAUCUUCUUCCCCGGAGAAUAGAGUCCAGAGUUUCACUCGCUCAAUGUCGUCGCUGCGAUGGAACCUCGCAGCCACCUCGGGGAGGCAGAUCAUGUUGCAGAGAGCUUCGGUCGCGGCACGUCGGAUGAGCUCGUGCUCUUCGAACAUUAGAGACUCCAUGUGCCCCACGCCACCCUCCUUGAGGAUCCGUCUCCUCACGUCGUCGUUCAUGGAGGCAAGGUUGGUCAGAGCCAUCAGGCCCUCGAACUGCAUCAGCCCCUGCUCGGCAGUGAGGAGAGAGACAAGCGGUCGCACCACCUCCAGAGACCGCUGCCCUGGGAACGCCAGUCUAGGGUCGCUGGUUAUUCCUAGUUUCGCCAGAGCCUGUGCAGCGAUAAACUUCCCUUUCGCCGUGUUGUCAGUGGCCAGACCAAGCAGGGCCUUGGCUCCCCCCUGCUGGAUGACAGCCCCUCGAUUAUCGACCUCGUUUGUCAGAGCGAGAAACACCCGUGACACCUGCUCGUGGACGGUGGUGCUCUUGUUGCCAGCCAACUCGAGGAGUAUCACAACCACUUUCACCUCCAGCAGAAUCUUUACCCUCUUCUUCACAAACUCCUCCCCAUCCCACUCGUGCUCCUUGGGUAUAUUCUCCCCCGCGUAGCGACCGAGUUCCUCCAGUUCUUCAUCUCUCUCGGGUUUCUCGUAGCUGUUGGUGAGGUUGACCAGGAUGGUCGACACUCCAAAUUGCAGUGAGCUGUCGGGGGUCUUUGCCAGCUCCAGGAGAGCAGUGAGAGCUGGAGUAUCUCCAAUUAGAGCCUCCUUAACAGUUGCGUCGAGAGUCAGGAACGCCAUUCCUUCUGCUGCCCACUUGCGCAGUAUGUCGCCUCUCUCCGUGUCAACCAGAAACCGCCGACAAGCGUUCUCCAGCUUCACGGUGGACCCUUCUGCAAAGGUCCUGGCAUUCACGUCGCUUCCUCCGACAGACCCCAGCUUGCAGAGCCCGACCAAUGCUCGCACCUUGACCCUAUCAUCCUCGGCCUUGUACAGCUCCUUGAGAACGGGGAGUCCCUCCCUGAUUAUCCCCGUGACAACGAGCCUUGUCCGACGCAGCGAGAGCCAACACCUCGGCCACCACCAUCUGACACCCCACAUCCUCCGAAGCUGCAACCCUCAACGCUUUCUUCAGCACGGACUCCUCCCCAAACACAGCGUUGCCGGCCUCCGGUACACCCUGGAUGAGGGCAGCGAGGGCCGUCAGCCCACAGAUCUGGCUCCCUGGGCUCCUCCUCUGACAGGAGACCCAGCACAAACCCCGUCGCAUUGCUGCAGAACUUUUCCUGCAGCUCCUUCUUCUUCUGUUUGUCGUUCCCGAGAGCAGCGUGGAGGGUGGAUAGUGCGAUGGAGACGUUCAUGUGACAGUCGGAGCUCAUCCUGACGACGACUCCUUCCUUCACUCCGCUUGUCUCGGUGGCCAACACGAGAAGUCGGGCCACUAAUCCCUCCCUCAGGAAUAUCUCUCCGAGAUUUGCCUGCGGUAGCGUUCGCAGGAGGAGCUCCACGAUGAAGUCCCUGGCGUCUGCGGAUAUUUCUCGACUGACGAGGGAGAGGAGGAGCAUCUGGAUGACGGGAACAACAACUGCAGUGUCGGCUGUGACUAGAGCUGAUUCGGGGUGAGGGGGACUGCGAGUGUCCUCCCCUGUCGUGGCGAGCAUUGCGUGUUUGAGGAUCGAAACAGCCGAAGAAGUCACAGAGCUGUUUGCAGAAGCCAUGAGAGUGGACAGUCUCUCUAGUGACACGGUCUGGAGCACUGCGUGAGCCCUUGCCCUGUGCCCCAAACACAGCCCUGCCAGUGUCUGCAGGGUGUGGUUCAGGAGAUCUGGAGAGCUCGAGCUCUCUAAAAUACCCAUCAAUUUUGUUGCACCUCCGGCAGCAAAGAUUUUCUCGGCGCCGGCCACCUCGCGACUGAGGAUAGCAAGAUUCUUGGCAGCCUUGACCUGUUUCUCCAGUGGCGUGGCUGGCGUGGAGAGAGCUGCCAACAUUUCUUGGACCAUUCUGUCAGUCGACUGCAUUGACUCUGCCUGCUUCUUUAGCUCCACGGUCAGUCUUCGAGCCAUCUGAACUGCCUCUUUUUUCUUGGGGUCGAUUCUCAGGAGAACCUGGACUUGUCGAAAUGCCUCCACCAUCUUCCCCGUCUUCUCGAGUGCCUGUGAGUGGCGGUAGAGUGUCUUGAUGUCGCUGGGAGAGAUCUGCAGGGCAGCGGCACAGUCGGACACUGCCUUGUCGUAGGCGUGGAGGUUGAUCCAGCACUGAGCACGGUUCUUGAGGAACACUGCUGCCUGGGGGUGAGGUGGGGGACAGAGGGAGAGGGCUCGACUGUAGCACUUUGUGGCCUCGGUGUAGUUCUGUUGCUUGAAGUGGUCGUUUCCUUCGUUCUUGGCGGCCACGGCUCCGUCUAGGUCCGUGGAAGACAUCCCGCAAGAACACCGCCGCAACGCAAAAUGAGGAGCUUUCCGUCUAAAACACUAGUUUGCAGGCUUUACGGUCGACCGCACCUUACGUGAAGAUGUAGUAGAGUGGAGGGAGUGAUGAAGCAAAGCCACAGUGGCGUAGGCUGUGUAAGUGGGGCGAAACCUUGAUCUUUCCGCG